ACAAGAAAGUAAUGUGAUUCAAUUUUUCAUUGACACGCUAAACUAAAUCACCCAUCAUUCCGAGCGGCACGAGAGACAGAUGGGUACAUCAUUAACAAAACGUAUUAAGUGCAAGAGGUUGCGUUACUUUUGGUUAUUUGCAUGUAUGCUAAAAAUUCUUUUUUGUAAUACACCUUUUGCAACGCUGUUAACUUAGUUGACAUUUUCUUUUUCGUCACCUUAAAGGUGAAAAGCAAACUUCAUUGUUAAUAAACAACAAAGACCGGUCGCCACAAAAUAAAUAUAUCAAUUUACUUCGCCCAAUUUAAUUAUUUUGGAUCUCACAUAAAAUUUAGGGUUUAUGUAAAUUAUUAACGGAUUGGACUUAUUAAUCUUAUCCAUUUGCAACUCAUCAUAAACUUGUAGAAAUGGGAGAUGGUGACGCAAACGACACAAUCAAAGUAGCCGCGGAUCCACAAGCACCUGUUACUCGUAAAGGUUUUCUUAUAUCGAUAAAGACGGGAGAACCAACAGAAAUAAAAGAACGAGAUGUGUUCGGUCGCUGUCGCGUUGUGACUGAGUUUGAGAAGUUGAAUCGGAUUGGUGAAGGAACAUACGGAAUUGUCUACCGUGCAAGAGAUUCACGUACCAACGAAAUUGUAGCAUUAAAAAAAGUUCGUAUGGAUCAGGAGAAGGAUGGAUUGCCUGUCAGCGGUUUUCGGGAAAUUUUGAUAUUGAAAUCGUGCAAACAUGAAAAUAUAGUCAAUCUACUAGAUGUGGUGGUAGGAAAGAGCUUGGAGAGCAUAUUCUUGGUAAUGGAGUAUUGCGAACAGGAUUUAGCGUCGUUGCUUGACAAUAUGGCGCAACCAUUUUCUGAAUCCGAAGUCAAGUGUAUCAUAUUACAAGUUUUACAGGGCCUUAAGUAUAUGCACUCGCGUUAUAUAAUACAUCGCGACUUAAAGGUUUCCAAUCUGCUUAUGACUGAUAAAGGUUGCGUAAAAAUAGCUGAUUUUGGCUUAGCUCGACUUUUCGGUCAACCAUGUCAACCGAUGACUCCGCAAGUAGUUACGCUUUGGUAUCGUUGCCCUGAACUGAUUUUGGGCUCUUGUACCCAAACUACGGCAUUGGAUAUGUGGGCUCUGGGUUGCAUUCUAGGAGAAUUGUUAUCGCAUAAGCCCUUAUUGCCCGGCAACACAGAAAUAGCUCAGCUUGAACUGAUUAUUGACCUAUUAGGGACUCCUUCAGAAGCCAUCUGGCCAGAUUUUCCAAAAAUGCCAGCCAUACAAAAUUUCACUCUUAAACAACAGCCCUAUAACAAUCUGAAACCAAAGUUUCAGUACCUGUCAGCGGCAGGUUUAAGACUUUUAAAUUUUCUCUUCAUGUACGAUCCUAAAAAGAGAGCAACUGCGGAAGAAUGUCUCCAUAGUAGUUAUUUCAAAGAGCCUCCUUUACCGUGCGAUCCCAAGUUAAUGCCAACUUUUCCCCAGCAUCGUAAUCUUCAAAGUGCUCACAAUAUUAAAUCUAUAUCUGGAAGUCAUCACCAUAAUCAAUCGGUGCCUGAAUUGCCGGCAAUUUCUGACUUACUUGGCAGUUUGUUAAAAAAACGAAGAGUAGAAUAAUUGUAUAACAUGCUCUUCUUUCAAUGCAAUAAAUAUAAGAACUUUGAACUUAAGGGUAUGGUAUUACUUGCCUCGAAAAGAAUAAUAUAGGUGCAAACAAUGGAAAAGAUUGAACAUCUUUCUAUG